UGGGGCAGCUCGCGUGAAUGAUCAGUACUUUUUUCCCCGUCGCGGAUAUUUACGAUAUUUCACGUCAAGUUGCUUUUCAUACUUGAGUUCGAGAGCUUUUUGAAAGUACGCAACCAAUUCUUAAAACUCGGUCUGUAACUGAGAAAUGUGUGUGUUUAUUUUUCACAGUUGACAAGUUGGUGACAUGCAUUCAAAGCAUCUUAAUUAGCUGUUGCGACUAGACCUCAUUCUACAAAAGUGUUACAGUGCUUUAGUUGCCCAGUUUGAUCAUUCAAUAGAAUAGGAUGGAAUUUCUAAGUAGAAAAGGAAGCUUAUUUUUAAUAGAUUGGCUAUUAACUUCCACUUUAAUAAUGUCAGGGGCCUGUCUUCAGGUCGGAAAGGACAGAGGAACAACGUCAUGUUUUCAAAAUCACGAAACAGUCAAAUUUUCUGUGGAGAAAGGAGAUUACGGAUAUGUGACGUCAUACGAAUAUCCUGAUAACUACACCUCGGACUUUUACCUCGGGCAUUCUUGUAACGUCGAGAUCAGAGGCUGUAGCACCUGCAGAGUAAAGGUCACGCUAAUUGAUGUAAACUUCCCACCUUGUCCAGCUGUCCAGAAAUCCAAACAUAGAAACUUGUGUAUUCCUGGUUGUGACCAUCUUCAGAUCCAUGAAGUUGAUCAGCCUUAUCACACAAAAAAUCUCCAGAAUUACCAUAGCGACGAAAACGAGGCUGAGUACAUUUCUAUAUCCUCCAACGUCAAAAUACGUCACUGUAUCUCCAACGGAACCGGAAUAACCGGCAAACGCUUCCGGGUCAAAUACGAGGUAACUGAAAAAGUCGAACAAAUCAGGGGAACGGUUUCCUCCACGAUGUUUGGUGGUGACAAGGGAGAAAUAUCAUCCCCAAACUUUCCAGACCGAUAUGCCCUCAACGGCGAAACGUUUACAUAUAUAAUAACCAACCUGGACCCGUAUGGCAGAAUCCGGAUGAUAUUUGAUGAUUGGGAUUUGGCGUCCGUCAGUACAUUACAGGUUUAUGAUGGUCCACGCACAACUUCACCAUCAAAGGUUUAUACCCGGCAUGAGCGACCGGUGCUGGUUUCCAAAUCGAGCACAAUUAUCCUCGUUUUUAACACCGGAAGUUCCAGUCAUCGGUGCUGCCACCCAGUGGGGUGGAAGGCUAGCUAUCAGUUUGUUUCCAGUAGUCAAUGGAACACGAUGCCAAGUACAAAUUGUAGCAAAAUUAUGGAAUAUAAAUCAGGAGGUGUUAUUAAUCUGGAUUACCUGACCCCACGUUUACCCGGCAUGUUUGACUGCAUCUGGAUCAUCAGAAAACCAGCCAAGAAAAAUCCAGAUGGCAUCCUUUUAAGAUUAACGGAAAUCGUAUUUGGUCAAGGAUGGGCAGAGUAUCCUGGCAAUAGUUUAGAGAUUAUAAGUGGCACAACAUCUAGGGGUGAAUUACUGGGCAGAUAUUCCGCCACGAAUAUGACCAUUGGUCAUUGGUUCAGUCCAGGUUCCAGUGUGUACAUAAGACUGCGGGGGGCAUUGUCAGCCGAAGACCAACUGAACUUCAUUUAUACAGCUGUGGAUAAUAUAACAGAGGCCGGGUGUCCUAGACGUGGUGACUAUUUGUGUAAAAAUCUGUGGUGUAUCGAUAAGUCCCUGAGAUGCGAUUCUGUUGAUCACUGUGGAGAUAAUUCAGACGAAAGUCCUGACAAAAUGUGUCAAUACGAAGAAAUAUGGAAACUAGGAAUAAGGUGGAAACUUUCAGAUUCAUCCACAAAUGAUCCAUGCGCGGGAAAUUUUAAAUGUGGCGGGAACAAAUAUGAUUGCUUGCCAAUGUCACGUGUUUGUGACAGAAUCAGUGACUGUUAUGACGACUCAGAUGAAAAGUGGUGUGCUUACCAUUCUAAACAAAUCAAUGAUGAAAGUUCCUCAACUUCUUCAAGUUACGUUGCUAACACAAUGACAAUUACCGUUGGACUUCUUAUUUUAUAUUUCUUUGUCACGUGACCAGUAAAAAACUAACAGUUUGAUCUCAUUCGAUGGUGAGCCGGGACCAGAAAGGUACAUUCCAAGAUAGUCGGUGCAAUUGGAGUUCCUGAAAUAGACUUGCUCUGAGUGUUUCUGAUAUGAAAGUUCAUCCAAGUCUAUAUUAUUGAGAGGGAAACAAAAUGUGAAGAUUGGCUUUCAAGUGAAUAAAAUACGUGUACAAAAUGUCCAUUAUUUGUAUAAUGAUAAGUUAA